AUGGGCCAUUACUAUCCACCGGAUAAUCUCGAGGAGAUGGAGGAAGAAAUCGACCCUUCAAUCCGAACAUGCACCUAUCAAUUCCAUACCGUAUCCACUCAAAUCAUAAUGUACAUUUUACAAUUGGGAUACGCACUUCCGAUUUCUAUUCUCUACCUCUUUGUGAUUCUGAAAAUCCUGAAAGCUCACAAAACUGAACACAUGUUCUCAGAUGCUUUCUUUAAGAUCUACGUACUCGAUGGAGUUGUGAGCCUAAUAGUGGUUGUAUUGGAUUACGGUCUGACUCGUCCCCUAAUCUAUGUCAAUCCUUUAUGCCGCGUUUUCUGGACGUGGUUCCCGCAACCGACAUACAUCCUAACACCCUACCUCGCUUCAUUCAACUACUUCCAGUUCGCAAAGAUUUUCUCGAUUUCAUUGCUGUCUGCAAACCGAUUCACUUGUGUUGCUUAUCCAAUUUGGCACAAGAUUUUCUGGAAGAAGCACACCAAUCACGUCAUCAUUGUUUCCAUGAUUUGUCCAGUCUUCUUCACGUGGCACCUCGCCAUCUCACCAACUAGAUUCGAUCCGUAUGUUGGAGAAGGAAUCUUGGGAUAUGUAAAAGUUGUACCAUUUGUCCGGACCACAUUCUUCAAGCUUAUUGUCAGUUUGACUGCCUUUCUGUUUAUAUUGCUCACUAAUAUCAAAACCUAUCGUCUCACUAAGAAGUUCAAGAAUAAACUGAGAACCUUGGAAAGGUCCUUAACCCUAUCUACCGUAGUCAUCAGUGCAGUUUUCGUUGUUUACAUCAUUAUUCAGGCGAUUCUCCUCAUCUUCUCUACCUCGUUUUUAAUUGAAAAUCUUGCGUUUGGCAGUACACUGAAGAAAAUUGAAUUUUGUUGUAAUGAUUUUUAUCUAAUGAGCUCGCCAAUUGUCCUGCUCAUCAUGAACAAACGGCUCCGUUCUUCAGUAUUCCGUGUAUCUCCAGAAGCUCCUCAGAAUUCCGAAAACACUCGGGUAUCGUCAAGAGUUGGAGACACUGUAAAAAUCGUUGUCAAAUCUCCAUCAGCCAAAACUUUAACGAUGUGGUGA